GUUUCUAUUUAAGCUUCAAUUUGCUACCUACCUCUCUUCAUUAGUCUCUGCUAACUGUCCUGUGUUCUUGUUCUUAGCUCUGUCGAGAGGCUGCCAUGGCCAUUGGGAAGCACAAGGAUGUCGAAAAUGGUGAAAUCAAUGGCCUAAAGGUCUUGGAAAAGCCUCUUCUUAUCAGUUCUUCUGAAUGUGAAGGUGCUCAAAGAGCCAUGAAAAGAGAGCCCUCCUUAUGGAUGGUCUUGCUUUGCACAUUGGUUGCUGUUUAUGGUUCCUUUGAAUUCGGAUCGUGUGUGGGCUAUUCAGCACCAACUCAAUCUGUGAUCAGGGAAGAACUUCAUCUCUCUCUUGCUCAGUACUCCAUGUUUGGAUCAAUAUUAACAAUUGGAGCAAUGGUUGGUGCCGUAACGAGCGGUCCGAUUGCAGACUUCAUCGGUCGAAAAGGGGCUAUGAGAGUUUCAGCUAUAUUCUGCAUUACGGGUUGGCUAGCGGUUUACUUAUCGACGGGAGCUUUAUCUCUAUACUUUGGAAGAGUGCUCACUGGUUAUGGGAUUGGAGUUUUCUCUUAUGUGGUUCCUGUAUUCAUAGCGGAAAUAGCCCCAAAGAAUCUACGUGGAGGCCUCACAACACUCAAUCAGCUUAUGAUUGUUACAGGCUCAUCUGUUGCCUUCUUGUUAGGAACAGUGAUAUCAUGGAGAACUCUCGCUUUAACUGGAAUCAUUCCAUGUGUUUUUUUGAUCGUUGGUCUAUGGUUCGUUCCAGAGUCGCCUCGAUGGCUCGCAAAGGUCGGUAACGAGAAAGGCUUCCAAGCUGCAUUGCAGCGACUUCGUGGAAAAGACGUCGAUAUCUCCGACGAGGCAGCUGAAAUCAAAGAUUACAAUGAAACACUUCAAAGAAUUCCAAAAGCCAGACUCCUAGAACUGUUCCAAAGCAAAUAUAUUCGUCCUGUUAUUAUCGGUGUGGGGCUAAUGAUAUUCCAACAAUUUGGAGGCAUCAAUGGAAUUGGUUUCUAUGCAAGUGAAACCUUUGCAUUAGCUGGCCCCUCAGCAAGCAAAAGUGGUACCAUUUCUUAUGCUUGCCUUCAGGUUCCGAUAACGGUGAUCGGAGCGAUUCUUAUGGAUAAGUCGGGGCGUAAGCCGCUUAUAAUGGUGUCUGCUAGUGGGACGUUUCUAGGGUGCUUUCUAGCUGGAACUUCGUUUUUUCUCAAGGGGCAUGGCUUGUUGCUCGCUUGGGUCCCGAUCCUUGCCAUUUCCGGAGUCCUGACAUACAUAGCAUCCUUCUCCAUAGGAAUGGGAGCUGUUCCAUGGGUCAUCAUGUCUGAGAUCUUCCCAAUUCAUGUGAAAGGAGCUGCUGGGAGCUUGGUGGUUUUGGUGAAUUGGUUAGGUGCUUGGGCUGUUUCCUAUACCUUCAACUUCCUCAUGAGUUGGAGUCCUUCAGGGACAUUUUUUGUUUAUUCAGGGUUCUCUUUGUUGACUAUUGUGUUUGUGGCCAAAUUAGUGCCAGAAACCAAAGGGAAAACAUUAGAAGAAAUCCAAGCCUGCAUCAACCCACCAAGAACCGGACUUGAAAUUUUGAAUUGAAACCCAUUUAUUUUGGGUUAUAUUUUAUUUCUUAAAUAUUUGAGAUAUGCUGGUGAACGCCUUUUAUAUUUCAUAAACGUCUCAAAACUACUCGAAAUGGAAACCCGUUAGAAUUUUGGACAAAAAUUAGGACCUGAAAUGAUGCGACAGUGACUUCUUAACGUUCAUUCUAGAUCGUAACUGUCACGCUGUUCUGAAUCUCAAUUUUUUUUUCAAUGUUCUGACAGCUUUUUUACUCCAAGAAUAGUUUUGAAACGUUUAUAAA